AUGUCGAACUCUUCUGAAGAGGGUGUCAUUUUAGUUUCUAGGCGACUCAGCCUCAACAAGUUUCUAGGCGACUCAGUCUCUCGGCCUCACCACCCACCCACACUGUCCAUGGUGCUAGAAGCCGUGCAGGCCCUCGAAAAGCCAAAGGGUGCUUCGGCCUCCGCCAUAAAACGUUACAUCCUCCACCAAUACCCAGGUGUCGAUCCGGUGAGGCUCAAGUACUAUCUGAAGCAGGCUUUGGUGAAAGGGAUAAACCGAGGGUAUCUGCUCAGGCCUUACAAGUCUUCUGCGCAGGGUGCUUCUGGAAGCUUCAAGCUAAGGAAGAAGAUGGUCCAGCAGUGGAAAGGCCUCAAGAAGAAUUCUUCUGAUGAGAAACCUGCAGUCAAGCUGGAGGGAGAGGCAGUGAAACAGCCCAAUGUCAAAGAUCAAGGUCCUAAGCAGAAAUUGAAGCGCAAAGGUCCUGAGCAGGUGAAAAAGAAGACAUCAAGCACAAGGCCCGGGGUACCUCUUGGUGAUGGUGGAGCCACAACUUCUGAGGCAGAACCAAGGGCCAAGGCCUCUGAUGGGAAAGCAGCAAAAGCUACAAACCAGCAAGGUUUGCCAAAGGCCUCCAGAGCAAAAUCGGCCAGUGGUGGCCCAAAGAAAGGCACCCCCCAGACCAAAGCUCAGCUGAAAGGUGUUCUAGAGACCAAGGCCAAAAUCAAGCCGCUGCAGGAAGGAAAAGCCCAGAAGUAG